AUGGGCUCCGGAUGCUGCUCCGACGAGCCUGUCAAGGGUCAGGGAUGCGCCGGCCCAGCUGACGAGGUCGACCACGGACACGACCAUGGCCACGAAGUCGAGGCCGACGACAACUGCGCCGGUGAUAGGAACUGCGAUGGUGCCGAGGCGGUUCCCUGCCUUGACGAGAACUGCGAUGCGGAUACCGACUGCGACUCUGACAAUGACGAUGACUCUACAUGCCGCUCCGUCAAGCUUGAAUGCUGCAAUUCCAAGGAAGAGAACUGCGACGAAAAGUGCAUCAUCGCCGCUGCCGCCGUUGAGUGUGAGAAGACUUGCGACGACGAUACCGCUCAUGAUGGUAUGGCAUUGCAUCCUAACCAAAGUCAGUCCAUCUCGGAACUCACGCUCCUAGGCGCUGUCGAUCACAAACAUACCCACGAUAAGGACGGACAUCAUCCGGCCUCGGCUUGUAGCACCCAUCUCUCUAAGGCCUUCGAGAAGUACAGCGCCUAUCUUGAGUCGGCCCGUUGCAUCUGUCGUAGCAUCCUCGAUCGCGGCUUGCCGACCACAUGUUGCGUCGAACAGCAACCCGGUGCUGCUGCCGCUCCCGUUCCCGCGAAGCCUCCUGCUAUUGCGAAAAAGGCCCGAGAGCCUGUCGAGGCGCAGACGUCCGCACAUGCUCAUGGUCAACACAAGCAUCACCACCACCACCACCACGGCAUUAAGCGACGCGGCAAGAAGUCGAGCGCUACUCACGAUCAUGACAUGGCCAUCAUACCCGCUCGAGACGACCGGUCUGACUGCUGCAGCGGACACGACGUCGGUCUUCCCUCUGCUUUUGCAAAAGGGCCGGUGCCCUUAUCCCGAACCGCGGAGAAGGAUGUCGAGAAGGAUGCCGGGCUGGAGCAUAUCGCUCUUGUUGUUGAUGGCAUGACUUGUUCCGGAUGCGGAAAUAAGCUCGAGAGAACGCUCAAGGCUGUUCCUGGCGUUUCUGGCGUGCGUGUCAAUUUCGUCAUGGGCAAUGCGGAGUUCAUGUUCGACGGCGCUGCAGGCAAGGCCGAGGAUAUCAUCCGCAACACGGAGCGAGCCACUGGGUUUCAUUGCACCCGCAUGUCAAGUGAUGACCAGACGCUCGACAUACUCGCCUCAGGUGCGGAAGCUAAGAUGCUGACGGACCUUGCAAUCAUGGGUGUCAACGAAGUCGGCAGUGUCGACAAGAAGGUGGUCAGAGUUACCUACGACCCAGCAGUCAUCGGAGCCAGAACCCUCCUCGACAAGAUCGGACCGCUCGCGACAGGACUAGCACCGCCCCGCAAUGAUCCCUCCGUCGCGAGUGGAAGAAAGAGGAUGUACGAUCAGUUGAUGAAAACGGUCCUUUCCGCAGCCCUCACCGUCCCCGUCGUGGUUUUUGCCUGGGGCGAGAAGCUUGAACCGAAGACGCGCUCCAUAGUUUCGGUCGUGCUUGCGACACUGGUGCAGCUUAUCGCCGUGCCCGACUUUUACAAACCAGCCAUUUCAUCUCUUGUGCACAGCGGUGCCAUCGAAAUGGACAUGCUGGUCGUCAUCAGCAUCACUGCUGCCUAUGUCUAUUCAAUCAUUGGGUUUGGGUUUCACAUGGCGGGCCGACCUUUAGACCCCCGCGAGUUUUUCGAGACAAGUACCCUACUCAUUACUCUGAUACUUCUCGGCCGCCUCACCGCCGCUUUCGCGCGUAUUCGUGCCGUUGCAGCUGUUUCACUCCGCUCACUCCAGGCUGCCACCGCUGUCAUUGUGGAAAAGGAAAGGGAUGUCGAGAUCGACGCUCGUCUACUUCAGUAUGGCGACAAGUUCAAGGUCCUUCCACACUCAACUGUGCCCACCGACGGUUUGGUUAUGAACGGCUCCAGCGAAGUAGACGAGUCUAUGUUGACUGGCGAGAGCAUGCCUGUCUUCAAAAAGCAGCACGAUACCGUCAUUGCGGGAACCAUCAACGGCUCAGGAACACUGGUGGUCCAGCUCACUCGUCUUCCUGGGAAGAACACCGUGACCGACAUCGCGGAGCUCGUCGAGGAAGCAGCCAACUCGAAGCCGAGAAUCCAGGACAUUGCCGACCGCGUGGCCAGCUGGUUUGUUCCCGUCGUUACCUCAGUGGCUAUCGUUGUCGUCGUCAUCUGGGUCAUUAUCGGCCUCAAGGUUCGCCAACAACCAGUCGGAAAGGCAGUUGCUCAGGCAAUCACCUAUGCCAUUGCUGUUCUCGCCGUUUCUUGCCCUUGCGCUCUCGGCCUCGCCGUCCCGAUGGUUCUGGUCGUCGCCGGCGGAAUUGCUGCUCGCGGAGGCGUCAUUAUCAAAUCGGCCGAGUGCACGGAGAGGGCUCGAAGGGUCAGCGACGUCGUAUUCGACAAGACUGGGACCAUCACAGAAGGAGAGCUCGACGUGGUUGAAGAAGAAAUUCUACUCGCGGGCCAGGAUGAAGCUCGUGCCAUCACCAAGGCCCUCGUCGCAGGCAACAAACAUCCGGUAUCCAUGGCGAUCGCCAAGUACCUCGCCCCGCGUGCAACUCUUGAAGUCAAAGUCACCGAUUCCCGAGUUAUCCCGGGCGCUGGUGUCGAGGCCACUCUCGAUGGACAUAUCGUCUGUGCAGGAAACCCAUCCUGGACCAAUGUUAACUCUCUACCCUCCGUCGCCCGCUUCCAAGAUGCAGGCAUGACUAUUCUGGUUAUCACUCGCGACAGUGACCCUAUCGCCCUUUUCGGAUUGCGUACCCGUCUCCGCCCAGAGGCAUCUAGAGUCAUCGCCCAGCUUGCCCGCCGCAAUAUCGCCGUGCACCUCGUCUCCGGCGACCAAAAGCGUGCAGUCGAGUCCGUUGCCGCUCAGGUUGGAAUUCCCAACGUGGCGUCCCAGCGAACCCCGGCACAGAAGCGGGAUUAUGUCGCUUCGCUCAUGUCCGAGGGCAAGCUCGUUAUGUUUGUUGGCGACGGUACCAACGAUGCGGUGGCUGUCACGCAAGCAGACGUGGGUGUGCAGCUCGGCAGCGCCGCUUCAUCGAGCGAUGUCACCCGUGGAGCGGCGGACGUGAUCCUUCUCGCAGGCCUCGAAGGCAUCCCCUUCGUGCUUGAUGUUAGCCGUGCCAGUUUCCACCGAAUGGUCUUCAACUUUGUCUGGUCAGCCGUCUACAACGUGCUCGCGAUUCUGCUUGCAGGAGGAGCCUUCGUCCCUGUCAACUUUAGCAUCCCUCCUGCCUAUGCGGGGCUGGGCGAGAUGGUCAGCGUGAUUCCCGUCAUUAUAGCCGCCAUGACGAUGCUGAUGAAGAGGAACCGAUCCGAGGCUUGA